UUGUAUUCAUGUAUUUUAGUUAGUAGGUUAUGGUGUCGUUUGGCGAUUCCAUUAUUAUGGGAAGACCCUUUUAAUAUUCCUACCCAAAAUUAUUAUUAUAUUGAAAUUUUUUUAUCCUACCUGAACGAAAAUGAUAAAAAAAAAUUCAAUGAAUAUGGAAUUAUUAAUGACUUAUUACC